AGAGCAAAACUAAAAAUGGAACUAAUAAGCGACGAGAAGAAUCGUUACCGAACGUUUAUGAAGAGAAACAAGGGCUUGACAAAGAAGGCUUACGAGUUAAAAACCCUAUGCAGCGUUGAUGUUUGCUUUAUUGUUUAUGGCCCAAAACUGGACGAGAGUCCAUCUGAUCAGGAAGAAAUCUGGCCCCUAAAUCACGACGAAAUCCAGGCUUUGAUCGAUUCUUACAGGAAGCAAUCGGCCGAAGAUCGGAAGAGAAGGACCAACGAUUUGACCAACUUCUUCGAGGAUCGGAACAAGAAGGCCGAAGAAACCCUGACGAAGCUGAGAAAGAAGAACGACGAGGCAAAGUACCCGACCUGGAAUGAUCGAUACAACGAUUUCUCGGUGGAAGAACUGAGACAAUUUGGCGCCGUUCUGGAGAACAAGCUUCAAGAGGUGAAAACCAGAGUCGCAGCGAUUAGGGGAUCAUCAGCGAUUGCUAAGAAUCAGGCCAACUUAUUGCAAGAUUAUCGUUUUGAUGACAUGACGUCGAUUCAUCAUCAUCCGAUGUACAAUCUGCAAGCAGCUGCUGGCAAGGGAAUAUCGCUUCAUCAGCUCCACUCUAAUAAUUAUAAAUCCAUGGUGAACCCGGCGAUGAUGAUGCUGAUGAACGAGAACCAUAAUCACUUUACGAGUAGUAGUAGUAGUAGUAGUAUUCAUCAUCAUGAUCAUCUGCUGCUUGGUGGAGCCUCUGGGAGUUGUAACUUUCCGGUGGAACGGGCACCGGUUUGUUACGAUCAAGCGGCAGCCAUGGGUUACUACAGCUUCAGCAUGUCGGCCGAGGCGAUGGUACCGUAUGUGCAACUUCCGAUGAUUGCCGGAAGUCCUAAUUCUCAGGUGCAUGCACUUCAUCACGGAAUAGACGACUACUAUGAAGUCAGUGAAUUUCAUGUGAAGAAUCAAAACUGA